CCCAGUGAAAGGUAAUAGAAACUAAGUCUACUUCGACCCUUUUCUAACGCACCUCACGUAAGCGAACAGAAGUACGAACGCCAAAUCAAUAAAAAUGUUUAGUCCCAGCGAUGGUGUUGGUUGUCGAUCGGGUCGAUUUUUACUAUUAAAUAAAUCGUGCUUUUCAAUUACCGACAAAGCUGUCAUGCUGAUUCCAAUUCUAUUAAUGAUGAUACAAUUUAACACCCCUAUGGUCGGAGCGUUACGGUGCUAUGCCUGUGGAUUAACACAAACUUCCGGUGAUGUGAGGUGCGUAUCGGAGCCGCAAAGCGUCGAGGGACAGAGUGUAGUCACCUGCUCCAGAAAAUACUGCACCAUCACUAGGCAGGAGUUGGUGGAUCCACCUGGCAAGCUGGUUACUUUCUUGAGAGGAUGUGAAGAGAGCCCACUGUAUCUUGACGAAGUCAUCGAAGAUCCAACUUUCAUCACCUACUAUCGGUCUUGCACCACAGACCUGUGCAACGAUGGCGAUGCCUUAGGUUCCUCCGGUUCCGCCCUGACCGGCCUCAACGAGGGAGCCUCCGAUAAUCUGCUUGUCCCCGGGUUGCCCAACAGCGGAGCAGUACCGAUGGCAACGACAUCUCCAUUACUGUUGAUCAUUAAAAUCGCAUCACUGGUGCUAUCGGCAAUACGCAUCAUCGCGUAGAGGGACAACCGGCAUGAUAUUGAAGAGAGUGGGUGAAGAACUGACGGAUAAAAGUUCGAUAUUCAUAAUCUAUUUUCCGUUGCGCUGGUGGGUGCCGGUUGAACAUUUGCCGGUGAAAGCGAAUGAGUAAAGUUUACUUACUUGAUGGAAGUUGUUAAAUAAAUAAUG